CAGCAUGAACAAGCAGGUGACGAUGGACUUCGUCACGAGAUUGCCUUCCAAGGACGGCAGUAAUGACGCGAUAUUUGUCGUCGUCGAUAAGCUGACGAAGAUGGCCCACUUCUCCGCCUGCAAGAAAAGCAUCUCAGCCGAAGAAACAGCCUGCCUUUUCAUCUCAACCAUCGGUCGCCUCCAUGGAAUCUCAUCCGCCAUCAUUUUGGAUCGUGACACGAAAUUCACCAGUAAUUUCUGGCGCAACCUCUCGGAACAGUUUGGCACGCGCCUGCCAUUCUCCUCCAUCUACCACCCCGAGGCUGAAGUACAGACUGGACGGGCCAAUCAGACGAUAGAGCAGCUGAUUCGCGCCACUUGCGACGACGUGGCCGAUUGGGAGCAGCAAUUGCCGCUGAUUGAGUUCGCGUCUACUGUAAUAACGCCGCGUCAGCCACUAUACGACAGUCUCUAUUCUACCUGAAUGACGGGCAUAACCCAAUACUA